UUCCUUCCAGUCGAAUCUUCAUGAUGUCAUCAACAGCUAGCAGAAAAUUAUGGACGAAGGAGAGCAUGGCAGCUGCUGUGAGUAGCCAUUGAGGAUGGUAUGGGGAUUCGGGAAGUGUCAAGACUCUAUAAUGUCCCAUAUGAAACCCUCAGACGGCGGGUGAACCAUGUAGUGCCGUUGGAAUGCAGGUCAGGUCCUCCAACUGUGUUAACCCAGGACGAAGAACACCAGCUUGCCAUGUACUGUGCUAAAAUGGCAGACAUGGGCUUUGGCCUUUCCAGGGAUGAUGUCAUGCACACUGCGUACAAAAUU